AUGUUGCUCAAGCCCGCGACACCCCUUACCGUCUUGCUCUUAAUCGCCUUUGCGCUAAUGCUGAUAACCUGCAUUUCCACCCCCAUCGUGAAAGGCAUUCCCCUCGCGACCUAUAAAAAUGUGGACUACGGUGUUUUUGGAUACUGCGAUGGAGAUAAAUGCACUGGCAUCCAUGUGGGAUACACAAGCACAAAUGAUGGCGACGAAUUCGACCUCCCCUCAAGUACCCGCAAAUCGCUCUCGGCCAUCCUGAUCGUGCACCCUAUUGCUGCCUUUUUGAAUCUUGUUUGUCUCUGCCUAGCUGGCGCGGCCCACUUCCAUGGCCCCUCGCAUUCUCCACGAUUUCUGCUGGCCUUGCUCAUCCUCCUCCUGCCUACACUCCUGGUCACCCUUCUAGCCUUCCUGGUUGAUAUCCUGCUGUUUGUGCCGCAUCUGCAAUGGGCUGGUUGGAUUGUGCUUGCGGCAACCAUUCUCCUCGUCUCCUGCGCGGUCGUGACUUGCGCUAUGCGCCGGACUCUCGUCAGCCGCAAGGCCAGGAAGAACCGCAUUGCAGAAAACGCAGAGAUGAGCGGAGAGAACUACUACAACCGACAGAAUGCAGCAGCAGCCGCGAUAGUCGACGAUCCCCCUCCCAUCCCAGACACGAAGGAAGCCAUGGUAUCUGGAUCGCCUCCCGAAGAGCCAGCUUUCGCCGCAUUCCGCACCAAUACUCGCGAAAGCGACGAUGACCGCACACCACUUAAUUCCCGUACCCCAAUGAAUGAUGUCCCCCCACCCCCGAGCCGUCGUGGAACCCCAUACCGUGCGCAGGACGAGGGCUUACCUCCUGCGGGCCCUUAUGGUGCUGGCCCUGACUCUGGCCAAAUGAUGCGCAACCACUCCGAUCCUCGCCUCCGUCCUCAGUACUCUGACAAUAGUAUUGGUCGACAAGGCACCCCACCUGGAUUCGCUCAACCUGGAUAUGCUCCGCGUGGCCGAGGUGGAUACCCUCCUCGCGGUGCGUACCGUGGUGGACCUUACAAUGGUCCUCCGCGGGGCCGCGGCGGCUACAUGGGCCCAAUCCCUCCUCGAGGUCGUGGUGGCAUGGCUCCUCGUGGCGCGCCUCGUGGCGGUUACGGGUAUGCGACUGGCCCCAGUCGAGGCUUUGAUCCAUAUGGCCGACCCUUGCCUGCCGAUGAUCACCAUGAGCCUCGGGACAUGGCAGCUGUUGCUCCAAUGCGCGAACCAUCUCCUAGCCAGAUUGGAGUGGCGGUGAUGCGCGAGCCUUCCCCCGGUCCCAUUGGAAUGGCGGUGUCGCCAGGGGCCGCCGGGCAAGCGAUUGAGAUGACCCCCCAGCCUCGGUAUCACACUGAUCACCAUGAUUCGAUGGCCAUGGGUACUGAUUCUCAACCUCAUGCUGUGUCCGCGGAUGGUCAUCACAUGCCUCUCGAGAGCCCGACAAGUUUAUACAGCCGCACUGAUUCUUUCAUCCCCGCCCGUGCUGCUUGGGGUGCGAACGAUGGUCAUCGCACUUUGUCGCCUCGCCCUCCCGCAUCGCCGGUGCAUACGACAACAACUUCGGGCACUGCUUACUACGAGGACGUAGAUCCUCGGUUCGAUCGUCGACCUUCACCUCUGAAUGCCCCCCAUCCUUCGGCUCUGACUCCUGGAGGAGUCCACUUUUGAUGAACCGUAAUGAUUGGUUAUCAAGCCCAUUCCGCAUGUCCCGACGUCACCUCUUAUGCGAUACCCAUUUCUAAUUUUUUCGACCACUUUUGGAUGACUGUAAAUUUUCUCUUCUUCAUCUCGACUUCAUGGCAAUGCGGGUCAUUACGUACGAAGAGCGGAGUUUUGGGGUCUUUGAUUUACCCUUUCCUGGCGGCUUUUAUAUUCCUUUUCAUGUCUCCAUCUUUACGGUGCUAUUACCUAGAUGCCGCACCUCUUGAAUUAUCUUGGCUUGUGAGGGCAGAAGCUGGCUCUGCUCUGAUCCUGAUUAUGGAUCCAACCGGAAUGUAUAGCGGGUUGAUAGGAUGUACAGACAUCGGUUUUGUAGCAUUUUGUCCGAAAUCAAAAGCACCUUCUUCAUCCC